CCCCGUCUUCCUAGUUAUAAAUGCUUACUGCCUCGGGAAGGCCUCUUGGGUGUAUAUCAUCGGUUUCCCGCGCCUACACUGAAACAACCCGCGAAACUUAACCCCAGACCGCUAAAGACCAACCCCAGACUAUGUAUACCGUAGAACGCAAAGCUACCGAUCUUGAUAAAAGCCAAGACCUGAAUUGCACCGAUGAGGUGAUGAUUGAUAAUCGCCUGCCAGGGGACCGAGUUACGUCACGGAGAGUCGGCGUUUUCGGAUCCGGGAAUAACUCGAGCCCUCCUCCACUUUAACCCGAGAGUCAACCUCCAAGUUCCUCGCGAAAACAUUCACACCACAUUCGUCCAAUUGAGCAUUUGGUGUUGUCAUUCCAGCGAAAAUGUUCUCUCGCUAUGCUUUUCGCUGCGCGCAGCCCCUGAGGCAGAGCGCCCGCCAGUACUCCUCCGAAGCCCCCAAGGGCAAGUCCCUUGCUCCCGUCUACAUCGCCGUCGGUCUAGUGGGUGUUGGUGCGGGACUGUACCGCUAUAACUCUGGUGCUGCCACCCCUGUUGCAGAGGCCCCAAAGGACCGUCCCAAGGUUUUCACCGGCGGGGACCAGGGAUGGGUUGACCUCAAGCUCUCCAACAUUGAGAUUCUGAGCCACAACACCAAGAGACUGCGCUUCGAAUUCCCUGACAAGGAGGCUGUCUCCGGUCUGCACGUCGCUUCUGCUCUUUUGACCAAGUACUCUCCUCCUGAUGGCGAGAAGCCAAUAAUUCGUCCCUACACUCCCACUAGCGAUGAGGACCAACCCGGAUACCUCGAGCUUGUCGUCAAGCGCUACCCCAACGGACCCAUGUCCGAGCACAUUCACAACAUGAACGUCGACCAGCGCCUACACUUCAAGGGGCCCCUUCCUAAGUACCCUUGGGAAGCUAACAAGCACAAGCACAUCACCCUGAUUGCUGGUGGAACCGGAAUCACCCCCAUGUACCAGCUGGCUCGUGAGAUCUUCAAGAACCCUGAAGAUAAGACCAAGGUUACUCUCGUCUUUGGCAACGUCAAGGAGGAGGAUAUUCUGCUGAAGAGAGAGUUUGAGGACCUUGAGAACACCUACCCUCAGCGAUUCAGAGCUUUCUACGUCCUUGACAACCCACCCGAGGGCUGGGCCGGCGGCAAGGGCUACAUCAACAAGGAGCUCCUUAAGACCGUCCUUCCCGAGCCCAAGGAGGAGAACAUCAAGAUCUUUGUUUGCGGACCUCCCGGCAUGUACAAGGCCAUUAGCGGACCCAAGGUGAGCCCCAAGGACCAGGGCGAGCUCACCGGUAUCCUGAGUGAGUUGGGAUACAGCAAGGACCAAGUGUACAAGUUCUAGAAAGCUUUCCUAGAUACCCUAUUCUCCACAUUCGUGAGCUUAGCCGCUGCUUUGUACCCCGACGGUUGUUGUUACAACUUGGUUGUAUACCCGCGAGAAGUGGUCAGUGACCGCUCAGUAGUUCUAUGUGCUGCUAUGCAAGAUAGAUCGAAAGACU